AUGUUUCAAAAGUUUAAGAGUGGUAUCAACUGUUUUGAAGGAAGCGUUCGCUUAUUCAAAUUUAGGACAUCAUUGUCCCCAACUGAUAAAACUAGUAAAUGUACUUCCGCACAUUCAAAUAUUGGCACUGCGUCCGAUCAAUAUAAUGGUUGUACCGUGAUCCAACUGGUAAGAUUCAAGCGUUUUUGGGCAACUAGUGGGGAUCUGAACUCAACAAAUAAUGCAUGGGGACUAAUAGACGGAUUCAUAUCUAAUAAUGAAAAUUUGUCUUCUCGUGUGCAAGCUCUUAAUUCACCACCUCUAUUUUACAAUAAUGCUGCUUCCUUUAAUGAUUCACUAUCUCAAAACACUACAAGUCAACAUGCUGUAUCUGCUCCUAUUACAAAUGCGCCCGAUCCUCCGUUUGUUAACGCUUUAACGAAAUCUGCAGCAACGGCUGAAAAGAAAACAAAAUUGGAUUACAACAAUUCACAUAUUGAUCAGAUUCUAAUCGACAUAACGAGACAAUAUGAAACCAUGGAUGGAAAUAGUAAAGAUCCGUCCAUGACUGUAAAAUUAAUGGUUGUUGAAAUUAUGAUUACCAAUGAUAUGCCUCCGCAUUUUAUUCAAAAGGAAGAAUCAAUUAAUCCUGUUACUCCUUCAUCAGCUCCAUGGGAAAAACAUCAUGAUCAAGUACUCCUUCACUAUACUAAUUCAAGAAAUGGUGCUGCGUCUAUGUUUAACAAUUCUGUUCAUAAAAAAAAAACGCUUAAAGAAAUUCAGAAAGAAGAAGGAAGAAGCAAUCAAAAACGUAACCAGCUUUACUUGGAUUUAAUAUGGGAAACGUUAUGCAGAUACAGUAGCCAUAGGAAAUGGGGUAAGAAACCCGGAUCUAUUUCUAUGAAUACUGCUUGGACAACUGUUGCUAGCAAGUCAAGCAUUUCCACCUUAUACGUUACUAUAAAUGUGAUAUCAAGCCCAGUGGAAAAUAUUCGACCAUAG